UAGAGAACUGGCGAUUGUAGAACAUGGAUACAAAAACAGUUUCCAACCAACUGUGUUAUUGAAUUCAAUCUUGUCAUUGAGUCUCAACACCGCGGCUAAAUCAUUGGCGACGGUUUCAUCGGGGAUGAAGUCGUGUCUGAAUUCAAUCUUCAUGUCGACGCUCAACACGGCGGCUAGGUCAUUGGUGUCGGUGGCUUCAGGGACAAGGGCUCACGGCGGCAAGCGGUGGGGAGUAACCGAUCAUUUUCGGUAUGUCAUGAUGAUGUCGACUUGGAUGGCGGUUUGGGCUAUAAGGGUUGUCAUGGAUUAUUUUCCUAUCUCCUUAGUUCCAAAUCAACCCGUUCUUUUACUCCAAGGAGUUAGUUCUAAUUCCUUUGAUUUGCCGCCGUUGCCGGCCCUCGAUAUGGCUUUGAAUGGAUCCGAAGUUUUUUCUCAUAAUGAAUUUGACCCAUCUGCUCAAGGUAUCGGCAAAGCUUUGAUUCAUAUGAUGGCUUUGAUCAACGAGAUACCAGUGGCCUCAAGAAAGUAUCAAAUGGCAGUAUCAAUGGCUGACAAGAUCGUGGAAGACAAUUCCCGAUCUUCCGACAACCAAAUUCUCCUCGUCAAUCGAAUCGCCCUGUCUUCCGCCUUCUCUCGCACAUCCGGUCUCCUCCUAAGAACACUCCGUUCCUCCGCCGACGCCGCUGCAGCUGCCAAAGACGACGGGUGGACCCAUCGUAUAAUCCGAUCUCUACCCCUAGGAAACUACCUAAGCAAAUCAUUGAAAGGAGUUGGGUUUUGGGCGAGUCUUAUAUUACCAAAUCUACCCGGAGGAGGAAUCUUAUUAAAACCUGAAAAGAAACGACAACCACAGCCGUUGCUGGCACUGACAUCAGAGGAACGCGAGAAUUGUGAAGACGACGGUGGAGGAGAGGACGUCGUAGCUGAGAAAUACGUGCAGGAGCUGAUGUGGAUAGCGAAUAAGAUGAGGAUUAGUGAUGAUGUGGACGAUGCAGUUGUUCAGUGGAGUCUGGCCCCUGGUUUGGCUUCUCUGUCACUAAUUGCGAAUCCUAGAGUUCAAGCUUUCCUAGUUAAGAUUUCAGGAUUACUGUUUGGAGAAGUUGCUGGAGGAACAUAUGUAUUGUCGAGAGAAGUGAAAUUAAGGUUGUUAAUGCUAUGGCUUCCACUUCUUAUUUAUGGAGGAAAUGGAUUGUCUUACCCUGUUUUAUCUGGGUAUGAGAAGAUGGAAUUGGAGAGAUCUUUAGAUGAAGUUAUAUCCACUUUGCCGGAGCCAGACCAAGAACUUGUUCUUGUCAACUGGCUUCAGGAUUUUAUAACUAGUUCAUCGGAUUGGCCUAAUCUGCAGAAUGCUUAUGACCGUUGGUGUCGGUUGUCUCGCAAGCUCAGCUUAAUUUCAGACACCAAUGAGGAUUGUUAG